GCAGAACACGCGCUGCUGCUGGGCGCCGGGGGCCAGGUCUUCUCCUGGGGCGCAGGCCGGCUCGGACAGCUGGGCCACAGCUCGCUGGAGGCGGAGCCGGCGCCCAGGCCUGUGGAGGCGCUGCAGGGCCUACCGGUCGUGCGCUUGGCAGCCGGCGGCUGGCACUCUGCCUGCCUGAGUGAGGCCGGGGAUGUUUACAUCUGGGGCUGGAAUGAGUCCGGGCAGCUGGCGCUGCCUGCCAGGAGCCUGGCGCAGGGCGGGAAGGCCUUCGAGGGGGCAGCCCCCGGCCCGGACGGAGACGGCCCUGAGGUGGCGGCGCAGGCGGGGGCUGAGGCCGGAGCCCCGUUCAUAGCGGUGCAGCCCUUCCCCGCCCUCCUGGAUCUGCCCCUGGGCGCCGACGCCCGCGAGGUCAGCUGUGGGUCCCGGCAUACAGCGGUGGUGACAAGCAGCGGGCAGCUGUACACCUGGGGCUGGGGCAAAUACGGCCAGCUGGGCCUCGGGGACACAGCCAGCCGGGACCGGCCCUGCCGCGUGGACUACUUUGUGGACAGCCGCCUCCAGGUGAGGGCCGUGCACUGCGGGCCCUGGAACACCUACGUGUGCACCGUGGCGCAGCCGCAGCGCUGACUGACCAAACCAACCAAAGUGCUUUCAGGGGAAAAAGGAAAAAUACCUCACGGUGCCUUGAAGUGUUGGCCACACAGCAGGAGACCGAGAUACUGGGCAGUCGCUGAGAAAGGGGAGCAUUCGGAAGCCCCAAGAAUUCUCUGUAAUCUGGACAGCAGAAGGCUCAGCCCCACGAGUAUGCAGGGGAUGCAAGCGAACACCGGAGCAGCCUGCUUCACGCCCCGCGGACACGGGUGUCAACCCUGAAGGCACUCGAUGCUGGCAAGGCAGCGCGGCCCGGCUCGCCCCAGGGGACGCUGCCCGGCCCACAGGCAUCAGACAGGCAUCAGGGAGGGGCAGCUUGGAGGGCACAGGCCCUGAACGGGCUGGCAGGCGCUCUCGGCCCUCUGGGAGGCCACCUUAGUGACUUGUAAACCCUCCCUGUGUCAUAAAAUACAAGCUGAGGAAGAAGGGAAGGGAAGGAACGCUCCUUCAUCUGUCCAGGUCAGAAAAUGGGGCCUGACGCCCCCUUCAAGCAGAGGUCCCCUUUCACGAGGUACACGGCUAGGGCUGCAGCCUCAAGCCUCUGGGAUGAGCUGCCGCCUGCUACUCACACUCCGGUGGGCUUCAUGGCCUGGGGGUCACCAGCAGGACACAAGACCCA